AUGAUGGCUAUCCCUCGUAACCGAACCGACGACAACAAGAACAACAGAGUUCACGACACCGAGCCUCAGUGUUUCGCUACUGCUUCAUUGCCUGACGGUGUGACGCCUCUUGAUAGAUGGCUUGCUCAGGGAAUGUCUGAAGACCCAUAUCAGGCCAUUGGAUUUGUACAGGUUGGCGGGUUCACGAGCCAGGAAUUCACCAUUGUGCACACUGAACCUGCGCUGUCGAGUGUAGACGCGAAUGUGCCAUGUGAUGAUGAUGAAGAGCAAAUGGAUAGCACACACAACCAGAAUGUUUAA